AUGGCGAGAUUCUCUCUGGGUGGAGAAGAUGAUAGCGAGGGACCCAGCAGCUCAAGGCCCAGGCAUAAGAAGCAGAGGACCAUAGCUGGUAUUACUCGGCCACAGCUACAAGAAGAUCAUUACGACAACGAACGAGAAAACCCAGAACCAGUGGAAGAAGAAGAAGUAGGAGAACAAGGAGAAGAAAUAGACUCCGAAUAUCAAGAAAAAGAGGAGGAGGAGGAGGAGGAGGAGGAAGAAGAAGAAGAAGAAGAAGAAGAAGAAUUAGUGUCCGAACGUUAUGACGAGGAAGGAGAAGAAGAGGAGGAUCAGAACGAAGAUCAGAGCAGAACAAAUGAGGGACGGGUUCGAAACGGUGGUGGAAUGGGGCAGAGCAAGGAUGGUGAAUUGGUGGGACCCAGUGGAGACGGUUCAAUUCCUGUGAUUCUAACCGACCCAGAUGUGUUGGAUUGCCCUAUCUGCCUUGAACCAUUGAGCAUCCCUGUCUUUCAGGUCUGGGAAUGGGGAAUUUAUGCUCUCCAAUUUCUGUUUAGUCAGUUAUCUGCUAAGUGGGUGACUACAUUAUAUAAUUCUUCUUCUAGCCUAAUAUUUCAAGUAGGUGCUAUUGGUUAUGGAUUGGAUAUGAAGUGGGCUAUUGUUUUGUGUGAGAAUGGUCACAUUGCGUGCUCCUCCUGCUGCAUUAAAGUUGGGAACAAGUGCCCCUCUUGCUCUUGGCCAAUUGGCUACAACCGUUGUCGAGCCAUGGAGAAGGUUCUUGAAUCCGUCAAAAUAUCAUGCCCAAACAUGGAGUAUGGGUGCAAAGAGACAGUAAGCUAUGGUAAGAAACAUGACCACGAGGAGAUAUGUAUCUAUUCACCAUGUUCCUGUCCUCUUCUUGAUUGCGGCUUUGUGGACUCCUCCAAGCAUUUAUAUCUACACUUCAACAGCAAACAUUCAAAUUCUGCUAUUCGCUUCUCCUACAACCACCUAUUUCCUAUUUCCUUGGGAAAGAAUCAAAGGAGCCGAAUUCUUCAAGAACAGUCUGAAGGAAGAAUAUUUAUUCUCAACCAUGGAACUGAACAUCUUGGACACGUGGUUGAUGUUAAUUGCAUUGGGCCAAGCUCGUCAAAGAAACGGUUUUCAUAUGAGGUCAUGGCAAGGAAAGGGGACAUCUCUGUCAGAUUACAAUCUUUCACCGAAAGCAUUUCUAGGUGGGUCGAACAUGUUCCUAGAAAGGGGUUUCUUCUUGUUCCUACUGAUUUUAUUGGUUCUAGUGGACAACUCAGGUUGGAAGUUAGCAUAGCGAGGCACCAAUGAGUUAUCUGCACCUGUCUUAAGAGGAACUGGCACUAUUUACUCAUAGUUCUUGGCACAUUUUAUUUUAUCUGGAAAUUGACUGGGGUAGUAUGAGUUGUCUAGUUGUAUGAAACUAGUCUGUUGUUGGGGGGGGGGGGGGGGGGGAGACAACUUAUUCGGGUUGUUUAUGAUAUUGUAAAGUUGUAUCUUUGAGCUUGUCUUUGCAAUCCAGCAAAGCUAUUUGGACCGUUGCCUGGUGCUUCAGCUUUUGAUUUUGCUACCCUUUUCUCUUCGGAUAGCUUGAUACGUUUGUCUUAUGCUAUUUGC